AUGGAAGUGGACAGUAAUGUUGAUAUCAGCAAUGUGACUUCUGGAACAGGGUCCGCAUCAGUGCUCCUACAUCCACUCGUUAUUUUAAAUAUAUCAGAGCAUUGGACUCGUAACAAAGUGAAGGAAAACUCUAUCGCUGUUACAGUAUAUGGAGCUUUGCUCGGGAAACAAGAGGGUCAUCAUGUUGAGAUAUCGAAUUCCUUUGAGUUAUUACUUGAUGAACCACAUAUGUCAGUUAACUCUGAGUUUUACAGCACUCGUGAAUCUCAAUGCAAACAAGUUUAUCCAGAUUUGGACAUAGUUGGUUGGUACACCACUGGUGGUGCUAUAAAUGAAAAAGAUGAAUUAUUCAACCGACAGAUUUUGGAACUUAAUGAAUCUCCUCUCAUAUUAAAACUAGACCCUCUACAAACAUGCGGAGAGAACCUACCGAUCCGAGUUUAUGAGUCAGUAGUAGAUAACGAUGGAAGAGUCCACUUUAGACAAGUACUAUACACUUUAGCGACUGAUGAAGCAGAACGCAUUGGUGUCGAUUAUGUCGCUCGUAUAUCUAUGUCGUCUACUGAUCAAACUUCAUCUAUGACUGCCGAACAUUUACUUGGGAAUUAUUUGGCCAUUCAAAUGUUAAGCAAUCGUCUUCAGCUAAUAAGAUCUUAUGUUGCAGCUGUUGCAGCAGGAGAAUUACCAUCGAAUAGAGCACGACUAAGGGAAAUCAAUGCUUUGGUUAAACGAGUACCUUUUAUGCUUUCGUCUUCAGCAGCCGAACAAAAUGACAAUUUAUAUCGUCAAGCCAAUGAUGUGUGUCUAACAGCACUGCUUGCCAGCAUAACUCAAGGCUUACAUACACUCUACGGUUGUAUGGUUAAAACAGCUCACAUUAUAGAUCGCCGAUCUAUUCCUUUGAGUGUGGGAAGUGGAAUAAUGGACGCAAGUUCGAGUCGUUUUGCCAAAGCUUCCCACUCAGUGAGUAAUUCUAAUUGA